AUGGGCAUUCGACUCCUCCUGGCUCUCUGUGCCAUCCUGCUGGCAUUGGGCUGUGCAGUCCAGGCGACCCCCGUCCCUGCACAAGAUGAGCCUGCCCUGAUGGAAAAGGUGCAGAAGUCCCUGUAUGAGUACUGGGACUCGGCUAAGGCAGCCGCCCAAGGCCUCUACCACAACUCCUACCUGGCUUCCGUGGAUGAGAAAAUCAGGGACAUGUACACCAAGGGCACAGCGGCCAUGACCACCUACGCUGGCAUCUUCACCGACCAGAUCCUGUCCCUGCUGAAGGGAGAUGCCUGACACGGGGGAGGGGAGACUUGCGGCCCCCGCCACCCUCCUGCCAGGACCCCCUGGCUGUCCUGACCCACCACGGGGGGACCACACUCAGCUCCAGCCCCAGCAGCCCAGUCCCAGCUCUAGCCUGAAUUUUGACCAAUAAAAAUAAUAAUAAUUAAAAA